GGAGGGCUCUGAUUGGCUGGGGAGUGGAUCCCAGACUGACAGAGGGCUCUGAUUGGCUGCAGGAGCUGGAGGAGACCCAGCGGGAGAUCGAGGCCGAGCUGGAGCGAGCGGCGACGGCCCAGAGUGACCAGGCACCGCGGGGGUCCCGGGGGUCCCGGUGGGCGCAGGACGAGGCCGAGCGGGAGCGGCGCCGGCGCCGGGAGCGGGAGCGGCGCCUCCGGAGCUUCAUGGCCGCCAAGGAGAGACCCCGGCCGCGCCUGGGGGGGGCACAGACCUUUUCCCAGUUCUUGCUGCUGACGGAGCAGCACCGGGGAGCUUCAGGAGCUGCAGCAGCACGUGGAGCAGCUUCGGGCAGCGGUGGCAGCGGCAGAGACCCCCGAGGAGCCGGGGGGACCCCCGGGGACCCCGAAAUUGAGAUCCAGGAGCUGCGGGAGCAGGAGCGGCAGGGGAGGGAGCAGCUGGAGGAGCUGCGGGCAGGGCUGGCGGCGCUGCUGGCCCAGCUGGAGGAGGGGCAGGGGGACCCCGACCCCACCCAGGACCCCCCUUGGGACCCCCCUUGGGACCCCCCCGGGAAUUCCGACCCCCUGUGGGAGCAGCUCUGGCGCCUGGAAGUUGGGGUGACCCGACUGCUGCUGCGGGGGGGGACCCCCAGGUCCUGGCAGGGAACGAGGCCAUGUGGGGUCGACCCCCCCCCUCCCGCGACCCCCCAGCCCCAGGGAGGACCCCGCGGCCGGGGAGGAGGAGGAGGAGGAGAGACCCCUGAGCCCCGGCGAGCUGCGGGAGAGGGUCCUGCGAGAGGUGCUGAGCCGCGAGGGACCCCUCCCCACCCCCCGGCUGGAUUUGGGGGGGGCCCCGGGCCGGGACACGUCAUGGGAAUGCUCCACACUAGCAAGGGACCCCCCGAGCCCCCCCGGUCGUGGCGGUGCCCUGAUGUCACUGCCCGGGACCCCCUGACGUCACUGCCCGGGACCCCCCUGACGUCACAGCCUCCCGGCCACGCCCCGGUGGGCACCGCCCGGGGCGACACGACUGGGACCGGCUCGGCGGAGAGACCCGAACCUGAGCGGAAACACACGAACCUGCCGGUGCCGGGGAGACCCGAACGCGCCCGGUGGGAUCCGAACGUGUCUGAGGGGAGCCCGAACCGGGACCUAGCUCCGGAGAGACCCGAACCGACCCGGAGCGACCCGAACCGGAACCGCCCCGUCCGUAAGGACCCGGAGCGACCCGAACCGGGACCGCCCCGUCCGACCGAACCCGCCCGGAGCGACCCGAACCGGAACCGCCCCGUCCGUAAGGACCCGAACCGAACCCCCCCAAGCUCGUUCGCAAACACCCGAGCCCACUCGGCCCCCAGGAUGCCCCCUCCGUGCCGCCCCCCGUCCCCUCUCCGCUGCGUCCAGGCCCUCAGUGCCCUCCUGGCCCUGGCGCUGGCAGCAGCCCCUGGCUAUUGGAACCCGGGCGAGGGCGACGGCUGCUUGUCCGCCUGGGCCUUGUCCUUCGUCUUCACCCUCCUCCUCCUCCUCAACGACGCCUUCCGCCGUCCGCCACCCCGCCGCGACCUUCCGCUGGCCCUGGCCACCGCCGCCGCCAUGGCUUGCGCCACCGCCACCGUCCUGUGGCCGCUGGGCCACCUCCGGGGCCACGAGGGCGGCCAGGGCCGCCCCCGCGCCCUCCGCGCCGCUGCCACGGCCGCCUCGGCCAUCGCCACGCUGGCCUACGCCGCCGAGGUGACCCGCGACCGGGCGCGACCCGGCGAGGCCGCCCCGUACCUGGCCACCCCCUCGGGGCUGCUCAAGGUGGCCGAAGCCUUCCUCGCCCUCCUCCUCCUCGGGCUGUCGGCCGAGCUGGGCGCGGCCUCGGGCCCCGCGGCCUUGCGCUGGUGUCUGGGCAUCUACUGUGUGUCCUUCGUGCUGGGGGUGCUGCUGGUCGGGGGGUGCCUGCUGGGCUGGGGCUGGUGCGGGUGGAUGCGGGACCCCGAGGGGCUGCGCUGGGGGCUGGGGGUCUACGCGGGGCUGGGGGUCGUGGCCUACGGGGCGGCCACGGUGCUGUGGGCGCUGUACAGCUUCUCGGACGACAUGGGGGGGCCAGUCACGGAG